AAGCCCGUGGGCUACUGGCUCCUGGGCUGCGGCGGCCUCGUCGCCGGCAUGGUCUCCGUCGGCGGCCUCACGCGGCUCACGCGGAGCGGCCUGUCCAUGACGGACUGGAAGAUCCAGGGCGGCCUCCCGCCGCAGACCGACGACGAGUGGCAGCGCGAGUUCGAGCGCUACAAGCGCUUCCCCGAGUGGCAGCAGCGCCAGUCCAUGACCGUCGAGGACUUCAAGUUCAUCUACUUUUGGGAGUACGGCCACCGCAUGCUCGGCCGCGUCGUCGGCGUCGCCUUCGGCGCGCCGCUCGCGUACUUUUGGAGCCGCGGGCGGCUCACGCCCUGGCUCAAGCCCCGGCUCCUCGGCCUGCUGGGGUUGGGCGGCACGCAGGGCCUCGUGGGCUGGUGGAUGGUGCGCUCGGGCCUGGACACGCAGCUGCUGCCGGAGAAGCAGCGGCAGGACGUGCGCGUCUCGCCGUACCGCCUCGCGACGCACCUGUCGCUGGCCUUCGCGUCCUACACGGGGCUCGUGUGGUGCGGCCUGGAGGUGCUGAGCGGCGGCCGGGCGGCGCGGUCGCUCGUCGCGCGCGCGCACGCGGCGCGCCUCGCGCCCGUCGCGGCCGCGGCCGCGGGCCUGACGUUCGUGACGGCGCUGUCCGGCGCCUUCGUCGCGGGCAACGACGCGGGCUGCGCCUACAACGUCUGGCCCUACAUGAUCGACGACCGCGACGUCGGCGAGGGCGCGUCCUUCGCGCCGCCGCUCGAGGAGUUGACGGCGCUCGCGCCGGCCUGGCGGAACCUCUUCGAGAACACGGCGACGGUCCAGUUCGACCACCGGUCCCUGGCCUACGCGACGUCCGCCGCCGUCGGCGCCCUGGCCGCGUCGGCGGCCGCGGGGCCCUUUUCGGCGCUGCCGCUCGCGCCGCGCGCGUUCGUCGUCGCCGGGUCCGCGGCCGUCGUCGGCCAGGUCUCGCUCGGCGUCGCGACGCUGCUCGCGUACGUGCCCAUCGAGCUCGCCGCGGCGCACCAGGCCGGCUCGCUCGUGCUCCUGACGACCAUGCUCGGCGCGUCGCACGCGCUC